UUAUCUUCCUGAAAGUUAUGAAUUAUUUCUAAUUAAAUUCGUAAAAGGUCUUCAGUUACUAAUAAUAAAGCUACUAGUACGUACAUAAACAAGCGUAGUGAAAAUAAAAUUUCCUUUUGUAAAGGAAAGGAAGGUAAAUACUGCAAUCCUGUUACAUAACACUACAAGUCGGAUGAAUUAAGUUCUUAAGCAACAUGAUGAACGCUGCUAGAGUGCCAAUGUUAAACUGUUAUCCAAAGGACGAAUUUUAAUGUUAAAACGAGUUUAAAAACAUAAGCUGCCUGCUAAACGUUUUCCACCACUUACAUCUUUAAUAACGAAACAUAAGCGAACUUCACGUUUUGCGUGCCAGCUUACAAGUGCCAGGCCGCGUCCAGAACGUACCGGCCUCGCGCGUAACUCCGUCAUGAGAACAGUUGGAGAAAGUAAUGAAUGACAGGCGGCUCAGCCAAUGAAAAUGCGGGAAUCGGAAGGCGGUGGGAUGAAUUCAAACGGCAGGAAAGGGGGAGCGCGAGCGAGAGAAGAGUAGACAGUGGAGAGUCCGGCGAGGCGGGAGGAGAGUCUGUGAAAGAUGUGUUUUUCUUCUUGGGAAACUGUCACUUAUGUCAGUGUGUUUUGAGUUAUGUCUCGUUUAUUAAUUAGCCAACUUUUAAUGGUUUAGUUGGACCUUGGAGCUGGCUAGACUUCUAGAACCGCUUCCAGCCAGGAAUAGAAAGGCUAAGCUUUUUUUUGCAUGACGAGCGAGGGUGACUUCAGGUGAGAGCAUGAGUCUGCAGGGCAUAGCCGAGGGCAACAUCCUGGACCCUGAGUUCCAGCAGCGAAUAGAAGAUGCACGCGUACAAAUUAGGCAGGAGAUCCAGCGGGAGCUGAAGAUCAAAGAGGGAGCGGAGCGGUUGCGGCGGGCUGUGACCAACAGAAAGAAUGCAGCCGACGUGGAGGGUCAACUCAAGGCGUCCAGCCGCAAGCUGGAACGCUUACACUGGGAGCUGCAGGAGCUGAAUGCCCGGGCCAUGGUCACUGAGCGGGACACUCAGACAGACAGCCAAACAUCUCCCGAUCAUUGCCGCUGGGAGGAGAGUACCUCUCCACAGGCAAAACGGAUCCAAACUCUGAAGAAGCAGCUGGCCAUUGAAGUUAAAGUCCGCCAAGGGGCUGAGAACAUCAUCAAAACGUACUCCAACCGCUCGGUCAAGGACCGGAAGAUGUUGUCCACAGCUCAGCAGAUGCUGCAAGACAGCCGCACCAAGAUCGAGCUGAUCCGCAUGCACAUCUUGAAAGUCACGCAGGCGGGCCAGGAAGACCGGGAGUCUGGCCAACCUCAAGGGGAGGGCAUCAACCCCUUGGACCUGCGUGUUGCCGAGCUGAGGCACCACCUCCGAAUUGAGGCUGCUGUGGCUGAGGGUGCCAAGAAUGUCGUGAAACAGCUGGGAGUUCACAGGGUGCAGGAUCGAAGGGUCCUGGCAGAGGCCCAGGCUCGGCUGCAGGAGUCUUCCCAAAAGCUGGACCUCCUGCAUCUGUCGCUGGAGAAGCGGCUGAGCGAACUACCCCAGGACCACCCCGAACGUGACGCCAUUAAGGAGGACCUCUCCUUGGGAGCCUCACCCUCCUCUGUGCCCUCGCCUGUCCGCCUUCAGUCUCCAUCCUUCCUCAAACCUGCCUCGCUCACAGGUAGGCUAGUAGUUCGGCUCCUGGGCUGUCAGGACCUGCUGGAUUUGGUGCCAGGCCGUUGCCGCGUGACCACUGUUUCCACGGCACCUGGCAGUCCAUCAGAUACCAAGUCCCUGAAGAUGUUGACGGGGCUGUCAAGCCGCAGCAUCAACAGCAAGUUCAAGACUGAUGAGCUCUCCACAGAGAUUAGUGCUGUGCUGAAGCUGGACAACAAGAUGGUGGGGCGUACCAACUGGAGACCCCUAAGCAACCAAGCAUGGAACCAGAGCUUCAGCAUCGAGCUGGAACGGGCUCGAGAGCUGGAGAUAGCGGUAUACUGGAGGGACUGGAGGGCCUUGUGUGCUGUCAAGUUCCUGCGAUUGGAGGACUUCCUGGACAACCAGCGACAUGGCAUGUGCCUGAACAUGGAACCCCAGGGCCUACUCUUCAUGGAGGUGACCUUUGUAAAUCCAGUUAUCGAGCGCCAUCCCAAACUGCAGCGACAGAAGCGCAUUUUUCCCAAGGAGAAAGGGAAAAACUUCCUGCGCGCUGCUCAAAUGAACAUCAACUUUGCCACUUGGGGCCGUCUGAUGAUGAGCAUGCUGCCGCCCUGCAAUACUGCGACGACCAUAAGUCUACCCUUAUCUGGCUCCUCUGACCCUGAGGUCACCCCCCCACAAGGGGAGAAGGUGACAGUGUCAAGCCCUCCAACCUCAGGCGACCUGCCGGUAGUCAAACUGAACUUUGGUGACGAUCCACCGCCCAAACCUCCCCAGCUCCACUUUGGGGAAACUGUGCCCAACUCCUCCCUAGCAACGGCCAUGGAAACACCAACCACCCUUUCCCAGUUUAAAUCUUCUGUGCAAAAUCAGACAGAACAGAGGAAGGGGAAUGGACCAGUUCAGUCCUCUCUAGCAAACAACGGCAGGAUGCAGAUAGAGGACUUCAGAUGCAUCUCUGUUCUUGGAAGAGGCCACUUUGGAAAGGUGCUGCUUGCUGAAUACAAGAGGACAGGGAAGCUGUAUGCCAUUAAAGCCCUGAAGAAAGGAGACGUAGUGAGCCGAGAUGAGGUGGACAGCCUGAUGUGUGAGAAGCGGAUAUUCGAGACGAUCAAUGCUGCGAGGCACCCCUUCCUGGUGAACCUGCACGGCUGCUUCCAAACAGUAGAACAUGUGUGCUUUGUCAUGGAGUACUCACCGGGUGGGGACCUGAUGAUCCACAUCCACAACAACAUCUUCACUGAGCCGCAGGCCAGAUUCUAUGCUGCCUGUGUUUUACUGGGCCUUGAGUUUCUGCACAAAAAUAAAAUAGUUUAUCGAGAUUUGAAGCUGGACAACAUACUGAUGGAUGCGGAUGGCUUCGUGAGGAUUGCCGACUUUGGCCUCUGCAAAGAAGGAAUGGGUCACGGAGACCGCACCUCCACGUUUUGCGGUACCCCGGAGUUUCUGGCACCCGAAGUCCUGACAGACAACAACUACACCCGUGCCGUGGAUUGGUGGGGGAUGGGGGUCCUGCUGUAUGAGAUGCUUGUGGGCGAGUCCCCAUUCCCUGGCGAGGACGAGGAGGAGGUAUUUGACAGCAUUGUGAAUGAUGAAGCGCGAUACCCGAGGUUCCUCUCACCUGACUCCAUAUCCAUCAUCCAGAGGCUGCUGAGAAAGAACCCGGAGAAGCGGUUGGGAGCAAGUGAGCAGGAUGCAGGAGAGGUGAAGAAGCAGCCAUUCUUCAAGAGUGUUGAGUGGGAAGCUCUCCUGGCCAAGAAGGUGAAGCCUCCUUUCCUGCCCACCAUCAAAGGUGCUGCAGACGUUAGUAACUUCGACACGGAGUUCACGUGUCUCAAGCCGGUCCUGACGCCGCCACAGACGCCCUGCCCCCUCACCAGCGAGCAGCAGGAGUUCUUCGCUGACUUUGAUUUCUCUUCGAUGUACUGACCAUCACUGGGACUCCACCCCCUGCUGUAGCUGGGCUAUAGAAGAGCCCCGCCCCCUGCUGCACUAUAACCAGUGAAGUCCCUCCUCCUGUUUCCCCCCCCCCCCACCCCAUUACAAUCUGUCUGGUGAAGGAGCCCCAGCUCCACUCAAGCUCCAAGUAUCCGCUAGUGGAUACUGGUCCCUCCUGUCAUGUUCUACCCCCCCAUCUUAACUGAGCCUUUGUAUCAGAAAAUGUGUCUCACACACCUGCUGUGUGUUGAGUUCAUGAACAAAUGAAGAAUGAUGUUUUUUACCUGUAGGGUCCUAGCGAGUCUCUCCGCUGGCCUGGCUGAGCACUUGGGCUGUGUGUUUUGAGCGUUUUGGACAAGAAGAAAUGUUAGCAAUUUUUUUAAGACCACACAUAUGUCUUUUGUGUAGUUUUCUCAAUUCCAGAUGUAUAUUUCUUGAUUUGUAUAGUUCAUAAUUAGUUUUACCUUCUUUCUCAACAAUACAGAAGUACACUGUAAUGUACAGUGCAUCUGCGACCGUAAGUCACACCUGAAACAGUUCCAUGUGUCAGAUGAGUUAAAUGUUAAAUCUUCAUAUCCUCAAAGUUUACCUGGUCUGAGCUGCGUUGCUCAUUUUUCACACGGAUGUUCUCAGUAUCUCAGAAAUACUUUUUAUAAUUGUUUUUACUCGCCAUGCACAUGUUGUUCUUUUUGUCCAGAAUCUUCCAGAUCUCUGUAUAACAUUAAUCUUAAAAGGUCUAAAUAUUUUAUGUGCAUCUGUAUUGUAUGUGAGCACAUAUUCAUAAAGUCCCCAGUGAAGUUACCUGGGAGGUUGCUGUUGACCAGUAGUAAGUGCCUCUUGAACGCUAUCGAGUUGUACCUAUGCAUAUGAAUAUGAGAUGUCCUGUUGUUUUGUGAACUAGUGUAAAAACAGCGAAGGGGCAUUGGCUGUGCAGAGACAGAACUGUGAUGUGAACUGAUCUCCAGCAGUGGCCACUUUUUAAUUUCUCCAAAUUGUUAAACAUUUGUGCGCUGAUGUGUUUGGACAUCCCUUUUUAGUGGACACUCCAUACACCCCUAAAUACACUACGAAGUAGCUGCUCAUCCCUUUAGCACUAAUUAGGUGUUUCCUGGCUUUUGAGCAGCCCAGUUUGUCUGGAAAGUUUUUUUUUUUUUUUUUUUUUUGCACAUCUCUGAAGUCACUAUAAUGUUACUGCGUACCAUGAAUGUAUGUGUUUACUACUGAAGUAAUUUAUACUACAAGAGGGG